UGAAUGUUUGUUUGUUUUGUUUGUUUUUUUUUUUUUUGAUCAAAAUGUCUUCUUCCGGCAUUAAAUCACCGAAAAAUCUAUCAUCAAUGACUUCGACGACAACGGCGACGACCGUCAUUAAUGAUAUGACGGUUAAUGAUCAAGAAGUGACAACUACCAGAAAAAAUGGAUCAAAUGCACGACGAUCGGAAAAACCACCAUAUAGUUAUAUUGCAUUGAUAGUGAUGGCCAUACAACAAAGUCAAACUAAACGUAUGACAUUGUCGGAAAUUUAUCAUUAUCUGCAGCAAAAAUUUUCAUUUUUUCGUGGUAGUUAUCAAGGAUGGAAAAAUUCUGUUCGCCAUAAUCUAUCAUUGAAUGAAUGUUUUAUAAAAUUACCAAAAAAUAUUGGCCGUCCAGGUAAAGGUCAUUAUUGGACAAUUGAUCCGGCAAGUGAAUUUAUGUUUGAAGAAGGUAGCUAUCGCCGUAGGCCACGUGGUUUUCGUCGUAAAUGUCAAACAUUACAGCAACAGAAUAUUAUUACCUCAACGGCAACAGCAGCAGCAGCAGCAGCGACAAAUAUUCGUCCAAAUCAAAAUGAAAAUGAUGACAAAAAUAUCAAUGACAACAACAACAACGACAACAUACACCAUCAUCAUUUUAUUCUACCAAAUUCUACGCAUUCAAAUCAUGAUAAAAAUGAUGAUCAUAAUUUAAUUAUAAAUCCUUAUAAUCAUAAUAGUGAUCAAUCAGAAUUGAUAAUUAACAAUCAUCAUCAAUUAUUAGAUCCAACAACAGCAACAACAACAACAACAACUGCGAUAAAUGGAUCACAAUUAUUAAUGAAUGAUUAUGAUCAUUUUAUGACAAAUGCAGCAUCAACAAUACAUUCAUAUUCCAAUCAAUAUCAUCAUCAUCAUCAUCAUCAUCAUGAUCAUUCGCAUCAACAUCAAUUUUCACAACAUCAUCAAACAAAUCAAUUAUCAGCAGCAUCUACAUAUCCAUAUCAUCAUCAUCAUCAUCAAUUUAUGUCAACAACUACAACAACAACAACAACAACAAAUACAUUGCCAUCAAUUCAUACUACCUUUGCUCAUCAUCAUAAUCGUCAUCAUCAUCUUAUCUCGAAUACAUCGUCUAUACCAUCUAUAAUGACGGCUAUUGCAUCAUCAUCACCAUCAUCAACAACAACAACGACAACGGAAACAAAUCGUAAAUCUACUACUUCCACUACUACUUAUUCAAAUGAAUCGAACAAUAUUAAUCAUAAUGAAAAUCUGAUUAAUGAUUUUAAUCAUCAAAUGGCAUCAUGUCAUUAUAUUACUAGCCCGAUUGUUGAUAUUCCUAUUGGAACAACAACAACAACAACAACAGCAACAAGGUCAUUGACAACGGCAACAACAACAACAGCCGCAGCUACAAUGAUAACAACAACACAACAACAACAACAACCAUUUACACAAUUAUGGCCAAGUAAUAAUACUACAACUGGAACAUUGAAUCAGAAUCAUUUUUACAGCAGCAGCAGCAGCAUCAAAUUCUUCAAAUAAUAAUAAUAAUGGUUUUUCAUUAUCA